UUUAGUACAUCCAAUCUGUGUUUUAUCGUAAAAGCGUUUGGUGCUAUGGUUAAAGGACAGGACCCUGGUUAAAGUUUAACCGAAGAGGUCAGUUUAAGUUAUAUGGUCUCCUUGAGCCGGCAGCAUCUCAGCAGCAGGAGGAAGAGGAAGAAGAGGAUGGAGGUUUAAGGAAUGAGGAUAUCCCAGUGAGUGGAAUGAAAAAGUGAGAGAGAUAAACUACACGCAACAUAGAUUCAACAUCAGCUCUCCAGCCUCUGCUAUGGAGCAAGAAGAAACUGCAGUAGUAAUAGCAGCAGCAGCUCGGAAGGGUGAAGACUCACAGCUGAUCUACAGGAUCCAGCGUCCUGUCUACAAUGAAACUGUGAUCCGGACGCAGCUUCUUAACCGCAAAGAAAACACCACCACGGUUUGUCAGAAGCUGGCACAAAAGUUCCAGUGUUCGUCAAAGAAGGCCAAGGCAGUAGCUCUGAGUUUCUUACCUAUUCUAACAUGGCUGCCAUCCUACCCAGUCAAAAAGUACCUCUUUGCAGAUGUGGUUUCAGGUCUCAGCACGGGAGUUGUACAGCUUCCGCAAGGACUAGCGUAUGCUUUGCUGGCUGCUGUGCCUCCAGUUUAUGGUCUGUACUCCUCCUUCUACCCAGUCCUGCUGUACACCUUCUUUGGCACGUCCAGACACGUAUCAAUAGGCACCUUUGCUGUUAUAAGUCUGAUGAUUGGUGGUGUUGCUGUGAGGGAGGCCCCAGACAACGACUUUCUCUCUGCCAAUGCAUCCAACAUGUCCGAGGCCAUAGAUGUGAGGGGUCGUGAUGCCAAGAGGAUUGAGGUGGCUGUGAUGGUCACAACCCUGGUGGGAAUCAUCCAGAUUGUUUUAGGUCUUCUCAGGUUUGGCUUUGUAGCAAUCUACCUCACUGAGCCCCUGGUGCGGGGCUUCACUACAGCAGCAUCCAUGCACGUCGUCAUUUCCCAACUUAAGUACUUGCUGGGGGUGGAAACACAGCGUUUUUCUGGGCCUCUCUCCGCCAUUUAUAGUGUCAAAGCAGCCCUCAGCAAAAUCCGCAGCACCAAUGUCCCCACCCUCCUGCUGGGCCUCGCUUGUCUCGUUUUUCUCUAUGUCAUCAAAGUCCUCAACGAACGCUUCAAGAAGAAACUGCCCAUUCCCAUUCCCGGAGAGAUUAUAAUAGUUAUUGUGUCUACUGGCGUCUCCUAUGGUUUGUCCUUAUCAAAGGAUUACAAUGUGCACAUUGUCGGAACCAUACCAACAGGGCUUCUCCUUCCUACUGCCCCAAACUUCUUUCUGCUGCCCAAAUUGCUCACAGACUCUUUUGCUAUAGCAAUUGUUGGAUUCUCAAUGGACAUCUCAUUGGCAAAGAUCUUUGCCCUGAAAUAUGGCUACAGUGUGGAUGGCAACCAGGAGCUCAUUGCCCUCGGUCUGUGCAACUUCAUCGGCUCUUUCUUCCAAACAUUCUCCGUCACUUCCUCCAUGUCAAGAAGCCUGGUACAGGAAAGCACAGGAGGAAAAACACAGAUUGCAGGGCUCCUGGCGUCUCUCCUGGUGCUGGUGGUGGUGGUGGCCAUCGGUUUUGUCUUCGAGCCCCUCCCUCAGACUGCACUGGCUGCCAUCAUCAUGGUCAACCUGAUUGGGAUGUUCAAGCAGUUCAGAGACAUUCCUGCUCUGUGGAGGACCAGCAAGAUCGAACUGGCCAUUUGGUUGGCUGCCUUUGUAGCUUCUGUGCUGCUGGGACUGGAUUAUGGCCUGCUGGUAUCCAUCGCAUUCGCCAUACUAACAGUCAUAUACAGGACACAGAGCCCUAAAAGUUCCAUCAUGGGCCAUGUUCCCGACACAGGGCUGUACUGCGAUGUGGACGAGUAUGGAGAGGCGGCUGAAAUCGAGGGGAUUAAGAUUUUCCACUCCAACUCUUCAAUCUACUUUGCUAACAGUGACCUUUAUGUGAACACCCUCAAGGAGAAGACGGGGAUAAACCCCGAAGACUUACAAACUGCCCGGAAAGCCCAAAAAAAACAAAAGGGGAAGACAAACAGCAACCAGUCCUCUCCACUGAAAAUCUGCGCCAAGUACAAGGACGAGGCAGUGACUCAUGAAGUUUUGCCCCAGGACUACGUGGUGGUGGAGGAUCAGAAGAAUGGCCAGUUGGGGAACAGACAGGGCGACUCAAACUCAGAAGAGGCAGUCUUCCUCGAGCCUCUCAGCACAGUCCACUCCAUCAUCCUGGACUGGACGGCUGCAACUUUCAUUGACUCAGUGGGAGCUAAAGCCAUCAAACAGGCCAUUAAAGACUAUGCCACUGUAGAUGUUCGGGUGGUCAUAGCGUGCUGCAACAGAAACCUGCUGGCUGAGCUGGAUGACUUGCAGUUCUUCACCAAGGACAUGACUACAGACAUUGUGUUCCCCACUGUGCAUGAUGCCGUGCUGCACUGUCUGUACUCAAAUUCUCAUGCAUCUGCUGCUCCAACCAGCAGCACGACCUGAGGGGGUGGCGCCUGUAACC